AUGCGGCUUAGAGAAUCACUACUACUCGGAAUUGCUUUGGCAAAUGAGUGGAGUUCCAAAUGGGACCCAUGGAAUUGCCCAUCAUCCUGCAAAGAACAACUCACCAAUUAUGCCUAUAAGUGCGAUAGCAACACCCCAAUCAUGGAGGACUAUAUAACCGAGAGUUGUUCAAUCCAUGAUUACAACUCACCAACGACUGGCGCUGAUGAAACCGGAUCAUCUUGCUACUUUUGCCCAUGCAAGAAGAUGCCUUUCGUACAAUGCUCUCGAAAUCUCAACAAUUUGAUUGCAACAACCGAAGGCCAGCAAUGCUUUGCAAACGUCGGCGAUGGAGUUUGCUCUUGUACCAAAAGCAUGGAAAAUGACUCCGACAUUGAGUCUAAGUGCAUCUCGGGUGUGAGCUGCUUCUAUGACGUGCUUAAAAUGGACAAUCGAGCCGGGUAUACGUGUAAUGCAGUUACUUCCGACCUUGAUCUCGUCCAGAGUAAAGUCAACUUUGCUACUGCUUGCAGUCAGAACCUCAUCCACCACAUCGAAGGUUUCAAUGUAGAUCCUAACUAUUAUCGACCAACAGCUGACGAUCCUUUCCCCGAGCGCAACGCUGCUACCAUUGCUGGAGCUGGUCGACAUUUGACCCAUCACAUUGAUUAUCAUCGAGAGCGUAUCCUAAUAAAUAACUUGGGAGAUGGAGUAAACGAUCUUCCAGAUCCUUCCGAAGCACAAGAAUUCUGGUACGGGAUCGUUCGAUCUUCGGGCGUUACUGAUAAUAUCCUUAAUAACACUGAUAACACACUUCAAAAUCUGCGUGGAAAAAUUUCCAGCGCAUAUACUUCCCUUCAGCGUCUCCGAAAGAUCAGGGAGGAAAAAUGUCCGGACCGAGUUUGUCAAUGUGAAACAGUAAGCAACUGGGAUUCGGUAAACAAAGAAUGUGUCGACGUGUAUUGCGAGGAUGGUUCUGUUUGGGACCCACAAGCUGAAGAGUGCUACGAGUGUCCAGAAUACUGGGACCCUCUUUACAACGAGUGCAAAGAUUGCAAGGAUAUUUACGGCUCCGAGUCAAACUGGGAUCCAGUCGCUGAGUUGUGCGUUUACUGUCCUCUCAAUCAUGAGCUAAAUUAUGAAACUGGUGAAUGUGAGCCUUGCGAGGAAGGCUGGAAUAGCGAGACAAGACGCUGUCUAGAGGAUUGUCCAGAUAAAGAAAUCCAGCAAGAAUGCAAUAGUCAGUGUCGAGUCGAGUACAAUAGAUGCAAAUUAUUGUGUGAAACAGAAUACUGUGCUUCAAUCUGUACCAGAGAAUAUAACGAUUGUUUGGACAAUUGUCCUUGCGGAGAAAACUGUAUCGACGGUUGCGCUGAUUGUAAUAAUCCAGUUUGUGAUAAAAUAUCAAAUGCUGAAAAUUGA